UUGAAGUGAAAGUGAAAGUACCAGCUGAUUUGAGUCACAGUCUCUUCUGCCUUUGUUACGUGAGGAGGAUAAGACAUGGGAUCUUCAAAUCCUGACAUGAAUCCUGGAGACCUGAUCGAGAUCGAUCGUAUGGUAUAUAGCCACUGGGCCGUUUACAUCGGAGAAGAUGAAGUGGUUCAUCUUGUUCAAAAUGAUUCUGGUUCAAAGACCAGUUUUUCAUCAUUUGGCAAGACGUCUUCAAAAUCAGAUGUGAGACGCGACAAGCUCAGUGACGUGCUCAACGGCAACAGCUACCAAGUCAACAAUCUUCUGGACGACAAGUACAAGCCUCGCAACCCUGACGACAUCGUGAAAGAGGCCAAGAGCAGGAUUGGACCGUCAAAGUACGAUGUCGUCUUUUACAACUGCGAACACUUUGCGACAGAGAUGCGAUACGGCAUAUAUCAGUCGCAGCAGGUAAAUGAAUGGACUGUCGCAGCAACAGGAACAACAGGACCAGCAGCAGUAGUAAUAGCAGGAGCAACAGCAAUAGGAGGAGCAGCAGCAGCAGCAAUGGCUGUUGUGGCGUGUCCUGUGGGGUUAGUGGUGAUAGCAGGGCUAACUGUGGCUGGGCUGUCACGAAUCUUGGAAAGAAAAAAAAAUGAUUGAUCUUAUCUUUCCAAAUGAUUGCAUGUUGAUCUCAUGCAGGUAAAUGCAGGAGCACUGUUUUACACUAACUGUUGUCAAAUCAUGUGACUUUUCCAUAAACAUUAAACUUUCCUUCAUGUGUCA